AGUAAUUAUAAUGGAUGGCGUCUGCCAAGUGCUACUGUGCAUAUAAAACUUGAUAAGUUUGGAACGAAGAUGAACCAUGAACUCCUCUGCUCUGAUGUUCUUUAGUGAUCUACGAGUUUCGAAUGCCACACAGUAUCAAAAAGGAGAGGGAUUAUCAGUUUUCGCGUAAUACGCGCUGUUCGAAAGGUCAAGUCCGUUCAGCGAGUGUUGUUCCAUUGUAUUGUUGAACAGUUCCUACAAUCAGUCUGUCAGCUUAUUGACUUAGUUCGAUAAUCAUGGGAAUCCUAAGGAACUCGUUCGUAUUACUGGCGCUUUGUGUAAUGUCGGCACAAGUAUUCGCACAGCAAAAAGUGGAUGUCACUAAUCAGGAAAUCCGGGAUGCCAUUCUAUCGCUGGUACACUCGUACAAUCUUCUGGACAACAAACUGGAACGACACGAGCAGCGAGAGCGGUCACUAGGUGAACAAGUCAAAAAGGGUUUGAUUACGCUGCAAAAGAAUCAACGGAUAUUCGAACCACUGAAGGGCACUAUCACAAGACUGGAGGAACGAGUCAGUAGCAUCGAGACGGCCCUCCUCAACCAAGAUGAAAAGAACACGAUGCAACAGUUGAAGCUGAGCGAAACUCUGGAGGGCGUGCUUCGCUGGCUAAGUGACAGUGCGCACGCGCUCGAGGCGAGGGCCCAUGUGGAAUCGAGACCGGACGAGGACACGGAGGGCAUCGGCGGCAAGAUCGAAGAGCUUACCGAAAGUAUUAGAGAGCUGCGUCGGGAGAUGGCCGAGCUCAAGUCGGAUAGAGAUUCCAUCGAGCAAUCCAAUCGCAACUUGCUGGAACAAGCGGAGAAGCUAGCCAACUCCAAACUGGGUUCAUCGGACGACAUCCUCGGCAAGAUCGAGGAACGCCUUUCAUCCUACUACAACAACCCCGUAGUGAUCUCCCAUUCGAACGAUGCCUUCGAGGAGAAGGUCAUCAAGCAGCUGGAGGCCAUCGACGCCAACGUGAAGGAAAGCCGUUCAUCGCUGUCUGCGCCGGUUAGUGCACCUGCGUCUACGCUUGAUAAGGAGUUCGUCCACGGUCUGAUCAAUGAAACGCUGGAGGCGAUCGAAGAUAUGCGCUUGGAAGUGCUGACAGCUUCCGAUAAGAGCUUCUCGAAGACGGCGACCCGCAUCAAGGAGAACAACGAAGUGCUGCAGUCUUCGGUGAAUGAAAUCCUGAAGACCUUGUCGGAGGAAAUCGUUGAUACGGAAGCUUUCUUUUCCGGAACGAAGAAGGACAUCGGAUCGCUGAAGGAUGAAAUUGCCGCGUUGAGCCGGCUGGAGAAGUUCUUGCUGCAGACGGGUGAGAACGUUCUGGAUGCCAAGCGUGGCAUUGACUACGGCAUUCAUCAGAUUUUACGGGAAGUCACGGAAGUUGUGAAGGCUAACUCGAAAGAAUUGAACGCCACAGUUACCAAGCGUUUCGAUGAGAUUGGCGCCACCAUUUUGGACAACCACAAUGGGGCGUUGAGUAACCUUAGUUCGAAGAUCGAAACCGAGAUCAGCCAAGUUUGGAGACAGAUUGGUAUCAUGUAUCAGGAAAUUUCGUCUAGCAAACAGGCCUUGGACCGGCUGCAGCAGCAAACCGAAGCUUACGUGAACGGAACGCUGAUGACGAUGGACAGCAUGGAAGGAAAGGUUUCGCUAAUCACCGGUCGCAUGUCGGAGGUGGACUCGAACCUGAACUACUUGCUGGGACGUCUUUCGCUGGUGACCCAAGAGUUCAACCUGAUUAAGCGAGGUCUCGGUCAAGCACUGGACGAAAUCAAGAGCAGCUUCAUGGAGGUACAGGAACGCGUGAAAGGGCCCGGUCCGCACAAAAUUUCCUCGGAAGAGGUGGAAGACUUCAACCAAGCUCCUCCGGCGAAGUGAACUUAACUUAGAUUAGCUUAACCUACAUGUUAGAGUAGAUUGUAGAAUUCUGUGUUUUCGUAGCUGGUAGAAAUGGAUGAAUUUGUGCAUAAGAUUGUAAGCAGAUACCAGUAGUGUGGUUGGAAAUCAGUGGAUCGACAUUAUUUGAAAUCGUUUGCUCUUAUCACAAUAGAAUAAACUCGGAUUUUCUGUGUAUUGAAAAUGAUCAAUAAAGUAUUUUAAUUUCACUUA